AGGGAAUUGCGGAACCCAAAUCCCCCAAUUUAGUUCCACGCGAAGGAAGGAAAAAAAAAAGAAGCCAACCCCAGCGACGCGACGCGUCACGUCACGCGAGGUGGUGUUGGUGUGCUAGAAGGCGACGCCGCGGCCACGUCUCCGGCUCGAUCGAUUCCUCCCCCCCUUCCUUCCUUCCUCCGGCGGAGGGAUUUUGCGGUGCCCCGAUCGGAGGCGGCGGCGGUGGGGGAGAGGGGAUGAGCUUCCAGGACCUGGAGGCGGGGAACGCCCGCGGGCUGCCGCGGAGGGGCGGCCGUGCGGGGGCGGGGGCGGCCGGCGCGGGCGCGUCGCAGGCCGUGGCGUCGGGCGUGUUCCAGAUCAACACGGCGGUGUCGACGUUCCAGCGGCUGGUCAACACGCUCGGCACGCCCAAGGACACCCCCGACCUCCGGGAGAGGAUACAUAAGACACGCACACACAUAACGCAACUGGUGAAGGAUACGUCAGAGAAGCUUAAACAAGCUAGUGAGGCAGACCAUCGUGUCGAAGUCAGCGCCAGCAAAAAGAUUGCUGAUGCGAAGCUUGCAAAGGAUUUCCAAGCAGUUCUGAAAGAAUUUCAGAAAGCGCAACGGUUAGCAGUAGAGAGAGAAGCUGCCUAUGCACCCUUCAUUUCUCAAGCAGGCCUGCCACAGAGUUAUAACUCAAGCGAGGUGAAUAAUGGAGCCGAUAAGUUAGCUGAGCAACGGACAGCACUUCUAGAAUCAAGAAGGCAAGAAUUAGUCUUCUUGGAUAACGAGAUCGUAUUCAAUGAGGCUAUCAUUGAGGAGAGGGACCAGGGAAUACAAGAGAUUCAGCAUCAAAUUACUGAAGUAAAUGAAAUAUUCAAAGAUCUUGCUGUGCUAGUCCAUGAUCAAGGACAAAUGAUUGAUGACAUUGACACCCAUAUCGAGAACGCUAUUGUAGCAACUACACAAGCAAAAGGGCAGCUUUCAAAAGCUGCUAAAACUCAGAAGUCGAACUCUUCGCUGAUAUGCUUGUUGCUGGUUAUAUUCGGGGUUGUCCUGCUCAUAGUGAUAAUCGUCCUCGCAGCCUAACCAUCUGCUUGGAGGAAACUGGGGCUCCUCCUAAAAAUGUGGUUGAGCUUAGAGCGAAGAAUUCCCUUCGUGAUUUAAUUUUGCUGUGAAGUCAGGAAUGUAUCCUGGUCUCCUACCUGGGAGGGGGUUGCGUUCUGGUCGUGCUAUGGUGGUGUAUGUGUUGAUGGUGUGUCUGGAAUGCAUGAUGAUUCAUAUAUAAGUAAUUAAGUAUAAUCGCUUCGUGUCCACUCUAGUGCUUCCUGCCUUACGCGCUCGCCCUGUUUGUAUCUUGUGAUGUAUCGUCGAGCGAGUGUUGUAAGAACGAGGAGUUUGGAUUAUAUAGUUACCAUCGCGAUUUGUUAAAUUUUGUUUUUUUU